CUCAACGCACCUACAAUGUCGCUGUUCGGUAAUCUUGGAGGCUCGCAGCCUGCCUCUAGCGGCACUUCGAGUGGAGGAUUGUUUGGAACAGCAGGAGGCGCGUCAAGCGGCACUACACCGAGCUUGUUUGGCAACCUGGGCGGAGGAGGCACACCGAAUGCGCAAUCCGGCACGACACAAGCGACAAGCAGCGGCCUAGGCGGCAGUCUAUUCGGCGGUCUGGGUGCGGCAAAGUCGACUGCCACUACGACGCCUUCGCUGUUCUCGGGCGCAGCAUCGACGUCGCAACAGCAGCAGCAGCAAUCGCAGCCGCAAACGGGAGGCUUCUCGCUGUUCAACAACACGGCGUCGCAAUCGACUACGAACAACACGCAGCAAACGAGCGGCCUCGGCCUCGGCCAAUCCUCCCUCUUCAACACGACGUCGACCCAGCAGCAGCCCCAGCAGCAACAACAACAGCAGCAGCAAGGCGUGCCGUUGACCCAGGCAAACGCAGGUUCCGGUCGCUCAGCCCAUUUUGACCAUCUCUUGGAAAGGGGGCGCAAGCGCAACGCUGGCGAGAAUGGCAUCGGCAACUUUGAUGAGCUCCCGUCUCUGCAGCUGGGUCUGGGGGACAUUGCCCGCAAGGUGCGAAACCUCGGUUCUGGAGGCCCUUCAGCGGACCAGGUUCAGGACCGCGCCCAAGAUCGCGCCGCCCACUACCUUUUGUCCGCUUCUGGCGUGAAACUGGGCAGCACGCUCCGCGACCUCAAUCAGUUCUCCUCCCAAGCAGGCCUCGCUGCACCUGGGCAGGCUCCGAAUCUCUUCGACAGCGAUGUUGACGGCUACAUUUCGAACCUGCACUCGCAGUCUACGCUGGCCCUCAUUCAAGAAGGGCUAGAGCAGUCCAAGCGCGACUUUGACACCUUUCUCGAAGACAAUGUUCAGAUUGAAUGGGACAAGCAGCGACAGAGGAUUUACGAACACUUUGGCCUGGGCAGACAGAGCGAAGACAUGGCGGCGUCGCAAAGCGCCUUUGGUAGCACCGCUCGGGGAGCUUUUGGACGCGCCACAGCACGCAAGGGUCGCUCCAUGGGCCCCGGCGGAGCGUCGGUCAAUGGACGAUCCACUUUUGGAGCCUCCGCUGCUGGGCCACCCGUCCUUGGUGCUUCUCAAAGCGUCUUGGGCGGACGCGAUGCGUCUGACAAGUCCGUCAUGGGCGGACAGAGUGGCCCACAGGACCGAUAUGCACGAGACAAGCAAGAGAAGUUCAUGGACGAGGUCAGGAGGCUGAAUGAGUCAAGACUGCGAGAAGAAUCCUUCUCGGUGCUUCACUCAUUCUCGGACGUGGAGAAGGCUGCUGGCACAGAGUACUCGGAGCACUUUAUCAACGCUUACGGAGCGCUCGUCUCAAUCACCGAAGAGAAGACUGAAGCGGAAGCAUCAAACCCCGGCUCGAACCAACCCAAAGAGCGGAGCUUUUCCAAAGACUACCUGGACGACCAAGCCAACUCUGUUGCCAGUGUGCGCAUGCGCAAGCGCAUACUUGACGGGUCCCGCAAGUACCUCGAGAACAAGUUUUUGGAACAUGUGGACGAAGUAUUGCGAAAGAAUCCUGCAGAGGCCCUUGUUGGCGGUGUUCCCUCCAUGGUCAACAAGAUCCGUGGCUUCGUAAGGGCCAAAGCCGCGUUCAAGGAGCUCGGCGCGGAUACUGAGCUGUUCCAAAGAAUAGGCGAAGCGGGCGAUGAGUUCCCUUGGAUCAUCAUCUUCUUCCUGCUAAGAGGCGGUCUCCUAACUGAAGCUGCCGACUAUGUGCGAGAGAAGAGGAACUUCUUCCAGAAUACCGACAGAAAUUUCCAGUCGGCAAUCACACAAUAUGCCACCGAUCCUGACCGCAGGCUAAGCCCGGACACCCAGCAAAAGGUUGCCCAUACACACGCCCAGAGGACUCGUUUAAAGACACCUGAAGAUCCUUACCGCAUGGCGUGCUACAAGAUUGUCGGUCGAUGUGACAUGAGCAAGCGCAACCUGGAGCCUAUCAAGGAGACCAUGGACGACUGGGUAUGGCUGCAGUUCAACUUGGCGCGCGAAGGCAACAGAGCUGAAGAGAAUGCUGGUGAGAUAUUUGGUUUGGAGGAACUCCGCACGACUAUCAAGGACAUUGGCCAGCGCCACUUUAUGAACGACGCGGCCGAGUCUGCCGGUGGAUAUGGAGUUUAUUUCUAUCUGGCCACCCUUGCUGGCUUGUUUGAGCCAGCCGUCAACUAUCUCUACACCCACAACUAUGUCUCUGCGGUUCAUUUCGCAAUCGCCCUCGACUACUACGGACUCUUGCGAGUGUCGGACUGGACCACAGCUGGCGGUGAAAUCCUGACAUACACGACACGCCAGCAACCGCAAUUGAACUUUGGACGCGUGGUUGGCCACUACACGAGCGACUUCCGAGCCGCCCGAGCUGACGCUGCCGCUGACUACCUGGUAUUGAUUUGCCUGAAUGCCGACCUGCCAGGUGAGGCAGGCAGGCAACAGGCAGAGCUUUGCCAUGAAGCGCUACGCGAGCUUGUCCUCGAAACACGCGAGUUCUCUACGUUAUUGGGCGACGUCAAGUCGAAUGGACAGACGACACCCGGUCUCAUUCAGGAACGUGUGCCACUGCUGAAACUUGAUGGCGAAAUGGGCUUACUCAACACCAUCACUAGCGAAGCUGCAAGGAUGGCAGACGACAAUGGACGCAUCAACGAUGCCAUCUUGUUGUGCCACCUGGCUGGCGAGUACGACAGUGUGGUGACAAUUUUGAACCGCGCGCUUGCUGAAGCACUUUCGGUGGAACUUGGCCAGGAACCACUUCGUCUGGAGCCGCUUAAGCCGCGCUUGACGACGACGGAGCCGCAACAACAGCAGCAGUCUGAUGCAACUUCAUCGAGCCUGAGCAUGCUUGGAACGGACGAUCCUGUAGAACUUGCACAGAAAGUUCUUGCUCUGUACGAUGCAAACAGCCUGUGGUGGAGGAAGGUUUCGCAGGUGAACCGUGAUACAGUCGGUAUACUAUUCCAGCUCAACAACGCAAAGAAGGUCAUUGAAGCCGGAGACUACAUGGCAGCACUCGGACAAAUCGAGAACCUCCGUAUCCUCCCUCUGUCAGCUGCAGGCAACGUCAGCGAUAUUCGCGCCACGGCCAACAGUUUCAAUUCGUAUCCUCAGGAGAUCUCACGGAACAUUGGCAAUGUCCUUCUCUGGUGCAUUGGCUGCUGCUCAAGGCACCGCGAGCGUCUGCUUUCUGGACAAUUCGAAGACCAGAUGCGCAAGGUGCUCGCAGACCAGCUGCUCCAAAAAGCCAAGGACUUGAUGGUCUUUGCUGGUUUGAUCAAAUACAAGUUGCCGCCUCGGGUGUUUGAGACCCUGGCACGGGAGGGACUGGAAGUCGGCGCUUUUUAAUUGAAACGAUAAUGCGGUAGUAAUGCUUCCAGACUAGACGUCUGCACGCGGCCUGAUGAUGACACAUGGUUGGAGGCUUUGGGCUUUUGGAAAUCAGAAAAGAGGGUGCGGUAGAGGCAUCAAAGGCAAAGGAGGGCUUGUAUUGCGCGUCGAGUGGGCACGUUGGGCGGGCAUAGAGUGAUACCAAGAAAUCAUUA